AGGUGGGCGGGCCGCAGCGCUUGGGCUGUCAGCCUGUCAGUGCAUUUAACCUCCUGCUCGCUGGAUGGAUGGCUUCCUGCUGUAUGUUCGGUGCUGACGGCGGCUUCCUGGAAAAUGACCGUUGGAGAUUGGGCAGUUGGCCGUCCUGAAGAAGACUUCCUCCGCUUCGCCCGCUGUUAUUACCCCGGCUCCGGCGCUCCAGUAACGUUUUGUGUGGCUGCUGCACCAAUGCCUAUGGACUGCGAAUUCUCCUUUUUUGACCCCAACGAUGCCUCGUGCCAGGAUAUUCUAUAUGACCCCAACACUUCCAUUCCAGAGCUUUUCGCCAUCUUAAGGCAGUGGGUCCCCCAAGUCCAGCAGAACAUCGAUAUCAUUGGAAACGAGAUUUUGAAGAGAGGCUGCAGUGUGAACGACCGCGAUGGAUUGACGGACAUGACCCUCUUGCAUUACACCUGUAAAUCCGGCGCGCAGGGCAUCGGGGAUGCGGAAACGUCUGCCAGGUUCGCCUCCCGCCUCAUCGGGCUGGGUGCGGACGUCAGCCUGCGGAGCCGAUGGACCAACAUGAACGCUCUGCACUACGCCGCUUACUUUGACGUUCCGGAACUUAUCGACAUUCUGCUGAAAGCCUCAAAGCCGAAAGAUGUGGAUGCCACCUGCCAUGACUUUGAAUUUGGCACGGCUCUGCACAUUGCGGCUUCCAACCUGUGCCUGGGGGCUGUGAAAACUUUGCUGGAACACAGAGCCAAUCCUGCCUUCAGGGAUGAUAAAGGACGUAUCCCAGCCGACGUAGUCCCUGACCCCGUCGAUAUGCCCUUGGAGAUGGCCGACGCGGCUGCCGUCGCAAAAGAUAUCCGGCAGAUCCUUCUGGAUGCGAUGCCCUUGUCUUGUGAUCUCUCCAAGCUGUUCUUUCCCAACCGCGACGGCGUCUCUGGAACGGCCGCUCUCCAGGCAGCCGGUCUGAAGCUGGGAGACCGCGUACUGAUUGCCGGGCAGAAGGUCGGCACGUUGAGAUACUGCGGCCCCGCGGAGUUUGCGUCCGGACAGUGGGCCGGAAUAGAGAUGGACGAGCCUGACGGCAAAAACGACGGCGGCAUCGGCGGGAUCCAGUAUUUUAAAUGCCCGGCACAACACGGUAUUUUUGCCCCUCUCUCUAAGAUAAGGAAAGCGGUGGAACCGAUGAAGACGUUUAUUAGGAGCUCCUCCAACCGAUCGUCGGCUUCUGCCAAGACGCAAAAGAUCGACCUGAGCCGAGUGACAUCGAAGAUUAACACCGGACUGGUUCUAUCCAAGAGAAAUUCCGCCAACGAGUCUCUCCUGAGCACCGACGAGUCUUCACAUCCAAAGAAAGCUUUCUACAUCGGAUCCAGCAGCUUCUCCUCUUCCUCCUCUUCCUCCAACUCCUCCACGCUGGAGGCAAAGCCGCCCCUCCCCCGGCGCCCUCCUCGCCAGCGGAGCGCCGCUAACCGCACCUCAAACGCUCCGUUUAGGGCAAAGUCCUCUUCGUUGCGAAGCGUUGAUGACUCGCAGAACCGGCCGCCGUGCGUCGGAGGUCCGGAGCGCGGAGACUUCCACGCGGGGGACCGCGUGCUGGUGGUGGGACAGAGGACGGGCACCGUCCGGUUCUACGGGAAGACAAGCUUUGCACCGGGUUACUGGUGCGGCAUCGAGCUGGACAAGCCUCACGGGAAGAACGAUGGAUCCAUCUCGGGCGUCCAGUACUUUACCUGCCCUCCCAAGCAUGGGAUUUUUGCACCUCCUUCCAGAGUCCAAAGGGUCUCCGGCUCAUCCGACUCGCUGUCCGAAAUCCCAGUAAAUAAACUGAAUUAUUCCUUCCCGGGUUUAAGACGGAGUUACAGCUCCUCGUCCACCUCCCACAAGGAAGCCGACAGAAGACACUCUUCCGGAAGGCCCAAGAAACCUGCUCUCCGUAGAAGCUGGAGCAGUUCGGCCGCCGGCAGCGUUGGCGACGGGGGAGUGAAACUGCACAAGGGUUCCCAGGUAUUGCUGACCAGUUCCAACGAGAUGGCCAUCAUCCGAUACGUCGGCCCGACGGACUUCGCUCCCGGUGUGUGGCUGGGGCUGGAGCUCCGAAGCGCCAAGGGAAAGAACGACGGCUCCGUGGGGGAGAAGAGGUACUUUCACUGCAAGCCCAACCACGGGGUAUUGGUACGACCCAGCAGGGUGACCUACCGGGGCAUUAAUGGAUCCAAACUUGUGGAUGAAGUAUGCUGACCUAGGAUCUCAAAAAAAAAAAAAAAAAAAA